CCAGUUGGAGCGAAUAUCAGAAGGGGCAACCCGAAACCAAACCUUACCACCGGGGACAACCCAAGGCCCCACCCACAUCCCAAGGGAAACCCCAGAUGCCUUCUCACCCCACCACACCAGUCUCCACCAACCAACAUCGCCCCCAUGAUACCUUAGCAGGGCGAUGUUUUAAAUGUAAUGAACUGGGACAUAUAAAGGCUCACUGCCCCAAGAACCCCAACCGAUUACAGUUCAUUACACCCCAAUUACACCAAAGAUUCCCAGGCCCAGAUGCCUCUCUCAUACCUUCGGAGCAAAGGGAAACCUUGAGAGUGGGCGGAAAGAAGGUUAUCGCUUGGAGGGACACUGGGGCACAAGUGUCAACUAUCCACCAAUCCCUAGUGGACCCCAAACUCAUCAACCCGGAGGCUCCAGUGACAAUUCAACCCUUCGUGUCACAGUCUGUAACCUUGCCUACAGCCAAGUUGCAUGUCCAGUACAAGGACUGGUCAGGAAUGUGGACUUUUGCAGUCUAUGACAAUUAUCCCAUCCCCAUGCUGCUGGGGGAAGACUUGGCCAACCAUGUGAAGCUAGCCAAGAGGGUGGGAAUAGUCACCUGCAGCCAGACUAAGCAAGCUUGCACCCCCAUCCCUGUUCCUGAGCCGUCCACCAGGGCCCUGUCUGUGUUACCAGAGACCCAAACAAAGGUGGUGGAACCGAAUCCCCUGCCAACGACUGCAACAGCCGUAGUGGAUCCAAUCCCAGAGACCCAGCCAAAGCCAGUCCCAGAACUGGAACUGGCAAGGCGACCAGCAACAGACCCAUUGCCAGCACUGAGUCCAGCGCUUGCAAACCCGUCUUCCACUCCAACGCCAGAGGGCACCAGUGAGCCUGACCUGGCAGACGCAGCAGAUAACCCUACCCAAGAGGCUCAGCCAGAGCCUGAAAUACCACAUAGUGCACCAGCGGACAGCGGUUCACAGUCAAUGGAAACAGCCCCAGCACCUGCAUCGCUUCCAGAGGGACCAAGCCCCAGUCCACAGUCCAAGGAGGAACUGAUGUCUCCAGCAUCAAGGGAACAGUUCCAGGCCGAGCAGGAAGCAGAUGACAGCCUUCAGAAAGCUUGGGCAGCGGCACGGAGCACCCCACCGCCUCUCAGCUCUUCUAACCAAUCCCGGUUUGUUGUAGAACAAGGACUUUUAUACAAGGAGACUCUUUCUGGUGGACACCAGGAAGACUGGCAUCCUCAAAGACAGUUGGUAGUUCCCACUAAGUAUCAGGUAAAGCUCUUGAGCUUAGCCCAUGAUCAUCCCAGUGGCCAUUCUCGGGUGAACAGAACCAAGACCGGUUGGGGAAGUCCUUCCACUGGGAGGGAAUGGGCAAGGACAUGGCUAAUUAUGUCCGGUCUUGUGAGGUGUGCCAACGAGUGGGAAAGCCCCAAGACCAGGUUAAAGCCCCUCUCCAGCCACUACCCAUAAUUGAAGUCCCAUUUCAGCAAGUAGCUGUGGAUAUUCUGGGUCCUUUCCCAAAGAAGACACCCAGAGGAAAGCAGUACAUACUGACUUUCAUGGAUUUUGCUACCCGAUGGCCGGAAGCAGUACCCUUAAGCAACACCACGGCUAAAAGUGUGUGCCAGGCAUUAGCAGACAUUUUUGCCAGGGUAGGUUGGCCCUCCGACAUCCUUACUGAUUCGGGAACUAAUUUCCUGGCAGGGACCAUGGAAAAACCUGUGGGAAGCUCAUGGGGUGAAUCACUUGGUUGCCACCCCUUACCACCAUCAAACCAAUGGCCUGGUGGAGAGGUUUAAUGGAACUUUGGGGGCCAUGAUACAUAAAUUCGUAAAUGAACACUCCAAUGAUUGGGACCUAGUGUUGCAGCAGUUGCUUUUUGCCUACAGGGCUGUACCACAUCCCAGUUUAGGGUUUUCACCAUUUGAACUUGUGUAUGGCCGUGAGGUUAAGGGGCCAUUACAGUUGGUGAAGCAGCAAUGGGAGGGGUUUACGCCUUUUCCAGGAACUAACAUUCUAGACUUUGUAAGCAACCUACAAAGCACCCUCUGACACUCUUUAGCCCUUGCUAAAGAAAACCUAAAGGAUGCUCAGGAAGAGCAAAAGGCCUGGUAUGAUAAACAUUCCAGAGAAUGGUCCUUCAAAGUAGGAGACAAAGUCAUGGUCUUAAAGGCACUCCAGGCCCAUAAAAUGGAAGCGUCGUGGGAAGGACCAUUCACGGUCCAGGAGCGCCUAGGAGCUGUUAACUAUCUCAUAGCCUCCCCCACCUCCAACAUAAAGCCUAAGGUAUACCAUGUUAAUUCUUUUAAGCCCUUUUAUUCCAGAGAAUUAAACGUUUGCCAGUUUACAGCCCAGGAAACAGAUGACGCGGAGUGACCUGAAGGUGUCUACUACAAAGGAAAAAGGGAUGGUGGUGUGGAAGAGGUGAACCUCUCCGCGACCCUUGGAUGUCUGCAGCGGCAGCAGAUCAAGGAGCUGUGCACAAGCUUUGCACCAAUUUUCUCAGCCACUCCUGGACGGACCGAACGGGCAUACCACUCCAUUGACACAGGUUGCGAAAUGCACCCGCCACCUUCCAAAGACUUGUAGAUGGUCUCCUAGUGGGAUUGGGAGAAUCUGCAGUUGCCUACCUUGAUGAUGUGGCCAUUUUUUCUGAUUCAUGGACAGAACACCUGGAGCACCUGGAAAAAGUCUUCGAGCGCAUUUGACAGGCAGGACUAACUGUUAAGGCUAAAAAGUGUCAAAUAGGCCAAAACAGAGUGACUUACCUGGGGCACCAGGUGGGUCAAGGAACUAUAAAUCCCCUACAGGCCAAACUGGAUGCUAUCCAAAAGUGGCCGGUUCCAAAGUCAAAGAAACAGGUCCAAUCCUUCUUAGGCUUGGCCGGAUAUUAUAGGCGAUUUGUACCACACUACAGCCAAAUCGCCGCCCCGCUGACAGACCUAACCAGAAAGAAACAGCCAAAUGCAGUUCAUUGGACUGAUGAGUGUCAAAAGGCCUUUCACCAGCUUAAGGCGACACUCAUGUCUGACCCUGUGUUAAGGGCCCCAGACCUUGACAAACCGUUCCUAGUAACCACAGAUGCGUCCGAGCGGGACGUAGGAGCAGUUUUAAUGCAGGAAGGACUGGAUCAAGAAUUCCAUCCUGUUGUGUUUCUCAGCAAGAAACUGUCUGAGAGGGAAAGCCACUGGUCAGUCAGCGAAAAGGAAUGCUACGCCAUUUUGUACGCGCUGGAAAAGCUACGCCCAUAUGUUUGGGGACGGCGUUUUCAACUACAAACCGACCAUGCUGCGCUACAGUGGCUUCAUACCGCCAAAGGGAAUAACAAAAAACUUCUUCGGUGGAGUUUAGCUCUCCAAGAUUUUGAUUUUGAAAUACAACACAUUUCAGGGGCUUCUAACAAAGUUGCUGAUGCACUCUCCCGGGAAAGUUUCCCAGAAUCAACUGGUUAAAAAUUGUUCUUGGAAUGUGGAACAUAUUGUUAGUUUUUAUAUAAUCACUAGUAUGUCUAAAGGUGCAUGUGUCUUAUUAACUCUGUUUUCUCUUAGAGCUCCAGGAAGAAAUGCACGGCUGUCCAACACUAUCUGUGAUUUGGGGGGCGUGUCAUAACUAUAAAGGGAAGGGUAACAGCUCUCCUGUGUACAGUAUUAUAAAAUCCCUCCUGGCCAGAGACUCCAAAAUCCUUUUACCUGUAAAGGGUUAAGAAGCUCAUGUAACCUGGCUGGCAUCUGACCCAAAGGACCAAUAAGGGGACAAGAUACUUUCAAAUCUUGGGGGAGGGGAAGGUUUUUGUUUGUGCUCUUUGUUCUCCACAUCUUUCUAAACAAGUCUCUCCUAUUUCAAAGUUGUAAGUAAACAGUCAGGCAAGGCGUGUUAGUUUUACUUUGUUUUCUCAACUUGUAAAUGUACCUUUUACUAGAGUGUUUAUCUCUGUUUGCUGUACUUUGAACCUGAGGCUAGAGGGGGGUCCUCUGAGCUCUUUAAGUUUGAUUACCCUGUAAAGUUAUUUUCCAUACUGAUUUUACAGAGAUGAUUUUUACC